UAUGAAUCUCGUUGGACUUCUUGUUCACGAUCUUUGACUUCCGUUCGGCUCUGUUCAAACUUAUCCAUGCUUCAAAACUCUUAGCAAUGCAGGCAGACACAUAGCGUCCAGUUUGGACCGCAUUGCCGUUCGCCAGGUACUUUGAGUGGAAUCUAUCUCAGGCUACCACGGAAUACUUAUCCACUUCAACACGUUUCUGAGAACGUCCUUUCGGUCCGUGCCAUACCCUGACCAGGAUCUCAAUUGAAACGAAGUAUACAAGUAUAUCAGGCCAUUCAAGUUCCAGAAUGUCGAGCCUUUUUAUAUAGUCCGGCAGUGCGUAUUACAUCAAUCAUAUACUGAUCUACAUCGCGAGAAGUUUGAACAAAGUCUAUAUUGAGUACACACGCCAUAGACAUGGACUACGAUUACGUUCAUCGCUGUGUCUGCGGAGGAUUCGUGAAGUGCACUUCAAAAAGUAGCGGAUCGCUCUAGGCCAUUCGUUGAGCCAGUACACGACAAAGCUCUUGACCGAAUCAAGCAGAAGUUAUGAGUUUUAAAGACGUCUUCUUGCAAGCUGAACAGUGAUGUUGUGGAAUACGUUGGCAAAUGGAGAUGCUUCUCGUUCCUUCACCGGAACUUUGAGCAAGAGGCUUCUGGACCUACGCUUAAGGAAGAUGGUUAAUCCACAAGCCUUUCUAACACGAUGAGUACAGACUUAGUCUUUUGAAUAUUUGCAUAAUAACAUCGGAAAUGAAUCGAUGAUACUCACGCGUUUUAUAUCAUUUUCCGAAGUUCAAGUAAUGUCCAUGUAUUGCCAAUCCCCGCUCCGUUAAUGCGGAACAUCUUAUUCGUCUUACUAAAGGUAAUCCCACGGCAUGGAAUCUUGGUACCGAACAUGGUGUUUUGGACAGUUGGAGUGUAAACCGAGGUCUGGCAGCCGGCAUAGAAUCGAGCAUGGGAAUGAGGUAUUCGUGUCGUGUCGUUGCCGUCUGUGGUAAUGUUCUUGGCUACAUUUUUGUUAUGCGUGUCAGUACUUGGGCUCCCGUAAACACUGCCGUCGACCUGUCAGAAUGCAAUCUUCUAUAUCAUGGAACUGCUGGAGCUGUAUUCCCACCAAAUGGAGCACCGAAUGCUAUAUAUUCCAGCCUUGUAUGCCACUCAAGGUUGUGUCCUUGCUUCUUACUUCAAGAUGUACUUUGUGCUAGCUGUUUGCGCUCUCUCUAUCCUUCUUCUGCGAUGGUUGUUUGGAUCCACUCGAAAGUCUUUACCUCUACCUCCUGGGCCGAAAGGCUAUCCUUUAAUCGGUAACCUUUUGAAUAUGCCAAAGGUUACGCCUUGGAAAACAUUUCAAGAAUGGUCGAAGAUCUAUGGAGAUGUUAUCUUCUUGGAUCUUCCUCAACAACCCACAGUGGUUCUAGGAUCCGUGCAAGCUGCCUUGGACCUCAUGGAGAAACGUUCACAUAUAUACUCGGACAAGCCCGUCUUCGUGAUGGAUGAGCUGAUGACUUGGGAUUUCAACCUAGGAUUUAUGCCGUAUACGCAGAAAUGGCGGGACCAUCGUCGAGCCUUUCACCAGUAUUUCAACCAACGUGAAGUUGCCAAAUAUGAACCGAUUCAAGUGCAAGAGUGUCGUGCUUUUCUUCGACGAAUGCUCGAUGCCCCGGACGAUUUGGCUCAACAUGUUCGCCAAAUAUUCACUGCUAUCAUCCUGAAGGCUGUUUACGAUAUGGAUAUAAAAGGUUUGGAUGACGAGUACCUGCUUUUGGCACAGGAGGCCGUUCUGGGUACCAUCCAGUCGAGACUCCCUGGCACAUACUGGAUAGAAUUCUUCCCAUUUUUCAAGCAUAUUCCUAGCUGGGUUCCUGGAGCUAAAUUCAAGCAGGCCGCGGAGCAUUACAGGCCUUACGUUGAAGCUAUGCGUAACAAACCAUUCGAUGUUGUUAAGCAGGCUGUUGCCAAUGGAUCUGCUUCGCCCUCCAUCGCGGCAAGUCUGAUCAAAAAGAUUGAGGAACGAUACAAGGGAACCAAUCUAGAGUCGCAGCAGGAAGAAAUUGCUCGAAACGUGACGGGUAUUGCAUUUGCAGCCGGGGCUGAUACUACAACCGCUGCAGCACAGACCUUCCUUAUUGCAAUGAGUCUAUUUCCGGAUGUUCAGCGGAAUGCGCAAGCGGAGCUCGACCGUGUGGUCUCUGAUAAUAGACUUCCUGACUUCGGUGAUCAUGACAAGCUAAUCUAUGUUCAAGCUGUUACUCUUGAGAGUAUGCGCUGGUUGACCACCUUUCCCCUUGGCCUUCCUCAUCGUGUCUCUUGUGAUGACGUAUACAAAGGGUUCCUCAUUCCAAAAGGUACCAUAGUGACGGCUAAUGCUUGGGCUAUGCUGCAUAACCCUGAGGACUAUCCGGAUCCGGACCAAUUCAAACCAGAGCGGUUCAUAAAAAAUGGGCAGCUGGAUCCUAACGUUCGCAACCCACUGACAAUCGCAUUUGGCUUUGGCCGACGCAUUUGCGCAGGCCGACAUCUAAGUAACGGAUCUUUAUUCUUAGCCAUAGCGUCUAUUUUGCACACCUUCAACAUCAGCCCUAUCCUUGACGAUAACGGAGAACCCUUCGAUCCUUUGGUCUCGAUGAGUACAAGUGUUAUCUCAGUUCCGGACAGUGUUCCGUGCACUCUAACCCCUCGCUCGUCCAAGGCGGAGCGCCUUAUUCGUGAAUGGUGUAUGACAAAUGAAAGGGAAUGUUGAAGUGGUUGAACGCUUGAUGUAGGAGCUGCCCAUCUGAAUACCAUGAAGCGUUUAAUGAUAUAGACUCAGUUUGUGUGCCUUGGAUGCCUGGCUCAAGAAUUAGAGACUAGUGACACUAGCCGUCAAGU